AUGGAAUGGUUUUCGAUUGGAUUCAUCGCAUCAGUUAUAUUUUUUGAACUUGGAAUCGGAAAGCCUCAAAAGCGCUGUGACAUAUUACAUUAUGAGCAGUGCUGCACUCCGUCAAUCUACAAUAAAUGCUUCCAUAAGUGCCAUCACUGGGCAUCGCUGAACUGCUUUCAAGAUCGACUUCACCGAGAUCAAGCUGCUGAUCUGGUUGAUACGGAAUUAUCAUCCCCACCUACUCUCGCUGAGCAUAAAAUUGAUGAAAAUGCUGUAUUUGGCGAUUUGGAGGAAGUGUAUGAUGUUGAUGAGAUGGUACGGCGUGUAACCCAUAAAUCCAGAAACUAG